AUGUGUAAGCCAACAGGAUACUUCUCGAGAAGCAAACUAUAUGGGCAUACCAAAUCGCGGAUUCCAGGGUUACAACCAAGGGAACUUAUCCGGAUUCCACUAAGGGGGAGCAGGAUUCAAUCACGGACCACCGGGAUUCAAUCAAGGAAGAAACUUCACGCAAGGUUCAGGGUGGAGGAAUCAGGGAAACCAGUACAAGGAGCAAAGGAAUCAACAAUCAUACCAACCGCCAUACCAGCAUCCCAGCCAGGCCCCAUUAAGCAAGAAAAGCCCACCAAUAUAGAAGAACUGUUGCUGCAAUUCAUCCAGGAAACACGAUUCCAUCAAAAGAGCACGGAUGCAGCUAUUCGAAAUCUGGAAGUUCAAAUGGGCCAAUUGAAGAAAGCACAGGAGGAAGGUAAGGUUGAAGAAGAAGACUGGUCAGAGGAAGACAGGACAGAGACACCAGAAGAAAGGAUAGAAGAAGAGGAGAAAGUGGCAUCACCACCUACAACCAAGAGUCAGGAAGCGCGGGAAGCCAGGAAAGAAGAACCACCAGCCCUAUCACAAGAUCUCCCACAUCCUGUGAUACCCACCAAGAAGAACAAGGAAUGUUAUUUCAAGCGUUUCUUGGAAAUAUUCAAAGGGCUGGAGAUCACUAUGCCAUUCGGGGAAGCCUUACAGCAGAUGCCCUUAUACUCCAAAUUUAUGAAGGACAUCCUCACCAAGAAGGGGAAGUACAUUGACAAUGAGAACAUUGUGGUAGGGGGUAACUGUAGCGCUAUAAUACAAAGGAAGCUACCCAAGAAGUUUAAGGACCACGGAAGUGUUACCAUCCCGUGCACCAUAGGGAAGGAGACGGUGAACAAGGCCCUCAUUGACUUAGGAGCAAGUAUCAAUCUGAUGCCCUUGUCAAUGUGUAAAAGAAUUGAGAAUCUGAAGAUAGAUCCUACCAAGAUGACGCUUCAGCUAGCAGACCGCUCGAUUACAAGGCCGUACGGGGUGGUAGAAGAUGUCCUAGUCAAGGUACGCCACUUUACUUUUCCGGUGGACUUUGUCAUAAUGGAUAUCGAAGAAGACACAUACAUUCCCCUCAUCUUAGGCAGACCAUUCAUGCUGACUGCCAACUGUGUGGUGGAUAUGGGGAAUGGGAACUUGGAGUUGAGUAUUGACAAUCAGAAGAUCACCUUCGACCAAUUCAAAGCAAUGAAGUAUCCACAUGAAGGUUGGAAGUGUUUCAGAGUAUAA